GGAAUAUCUCACGGACAAUAAGACUAUCUCGACCGGACCGUGGCUCAGCUGCCCGGGGGGGGCCCUUCCCCAGUCGGUCCCAUCGUCGGCCGUUUUCUUGUCCUGCAUUCGUUUCUCCCUCCGAUCCCUGACCCCUCUAUUCUAUAGCGCUCGCAACUUUAUACUAACCAGCCAGGUCGAUGAUCCGGAUUGUGAGGAGGCUUACCAAGCCGUGCCGCACUCACUCUACUGAGCCACUCUCAACGGAUUCACUCCCAAUACUGUACAGGCCACUGUACGGUCCGAGUCGGGUCCACGCCGCUGUCCAUGCCGUUGUCCAUCAUCACAUCACCCCCGGCCGGCCGACCGACCGACCGCCCCCGUCCGUUCCCGCCGAAGCUACUCUAACGGCGACGAUCGCAUCCCCCUCAAGACCCGGUCCCCGAUGGAGGUGGACGGCCUCUUUGCUCCUGUCCAAUCGUCGUCUCCAACUGACACUCUCACUCUCCCUUUUGCCCUCUUUUGAUCCUACUUCAACGUUACCAAUACUUACGGACCCGGAUAUAGAAUACCAAAUUGUAAUAGUCGAUUAGUUAUCGUAGCCGCACGCCGUUCGCGUCCCCUUCGCUCACCCAUCCAUCCGUCAUCCAUCCGUC